UGAAAGCGUACGUUCACCGCUACUUGCGCAAAGAAACAUAUCUUUUGGCUACUUUCAGUGCGUCCGAAAUAUUCAGCAUAAUUGUUUAUUGAAGAAGAUUUUGUCGUGAUUAAACAAGGUUUUAAAGAAUGUUCUGGAUUUAAUUAAUCAUGACCGACACGAUGUAACUGUGCAACAUUAGUACAAGGAGUUUCAUGAAAAAUAUAUUGAAAAAAGGAAUACUGCAAGACCGAUGGAAUAGCAACGGAAAUUCCUUUGAAAUUGAAAUUGAAAUUCCGACGGAAAUUAACGACACAUAUUACGUUCCAGAACAUCGAAGCACCGCCCCUGUGCUCAGAUUUUAGGAUUGGGUGUGAAUACUCUAACUUCUGUAAUAAACUGAUAUACUAGACUUGUUCAAUGACAUUAAAACGCGUGAACCUUAUUUUUCGAACUCUCGUUUCUUUGAUGUGGUGUUAAUAAUUAAUUUUUUAAUACGUAUUUUAAACUGUGCUUCAAAACAUUUGUUAUUGUUUGGAUUUUACAUCGGCUAUGGUUGUAGCCAGUGGUGGGUGGGUACAAAAUGCCAGUUUUCCUGCCAAUCAGAAUAAUUCCAACCUGAAUAUAAAUACUGCGCAAAAUAACAAAAUGACAGCAAAAGGUAUCUUAAUCUGCCGUGACAAUUCUCAUCCUUUUCAAGAACGUACAUUAUCGUUGGAACAAGCUGUUAAGAUUGGUCGUUCAGUAGCACGAGCUAGAGCCACUUCGAAUAAUGCAAUUUUUGACUGUAAAGUAUUAUCUAGGAAUCAUGCGUUGUUAUGGUAUUCUGGCGGAAAGUUUUUUCUGCAAGAUACACGUAGUAGUAAUGGAACAUUUGUUAAUAAUCAUAGACUUAGUCCAGCUGGUUCAGAAUCAGCGCCUAAAGAAGUAUGUUCGGGUGAUAUAGUACAAUUUGGAGUAGAUGUGGUAGAGAAUACAAAAAAAGUUACACAUGGAUGUAUAGUUGCAACAUUAAAAUUGUAUUUGCCUGAUGGAAAGGAAGCUAAAGGUAAUCUUAGUACAUCGGUCACAUCUCCAAUUAAUAAUGUUUCUCUCGAGGAUUUAUAUAAAUUAAAUCAAGUUAUACAAGAAGCCUUUAGGCGUGAAAAGGCACUUUAUUCUAAGUUAGGGUACCUCCAACAGCUUGUAGCAAAUACUAGAAAAGCUGCUAAUCAGUCUUGGCAUGCAUUGAUAACAGAAGAUCGGUUAUUAUCCUGGAUAGAGACUAUUGAAAGUCAGUUAGCUGUUUAUUCUGAAAAUUAUACAGAAGAUAAAAUUAGAAAUGAACUAGUGAAACUGCAAGAAGAAAAAGCACAAUACCAAAAUGCAGCAAAGGAAGCAUUACAGAAAGUAUUACAAGAAAAAUUAGAAGUAACUCAAAGGUUAGUUCAAUUAGAAGGACGUUUAAGUGAAACAGAAGAAGAGUGUCAAAGUCUUCAUAAUGUAGCAAAAUAUACUCAAACUGAACUUCAAGAACUAUGUAGUAAAUAUACGGAAACACAGAAAAAACUUCAGGAAACUGCAAACAGACUGAAAGAGAGUGAGGAUAAAAUUAAAGAGAUGGUACAAAAUAUGGAACAAGAAAAACAAGAACUGUUGAAAAAACUUGAACAUCAGUCUCGAGUGGAGAAAAAUUUACAAGCAAGGCUACGUGAUUCUCGAUUAGACUCUGUUAAUAUUCAUAAGCAAAUCACUGCCGUUAAAAAUUACAUGCAAAUUUUACAAGAUAUGAAAUUAAAAUUAUUAAUGAGCAACAUCAUGGAUUCAAAGGAUGAAGAAAAUCCUGUUGAAGUUAUUAAUAUUAUUCUUAAUGAAUUGAAUUCCAUUCAUGUUGAUAAUACUGAAAUCGAUACAGAAACUAUUCUUUAUCCUUCAAAAGAUGAACAAGAUAAUCAAAUUAACUCACAUGAUAUUGAUUCAAAUCAGUUGAAGAAUUCUGAUUUUUCCUUUUCAAAAGAACAAUUAGAUGGUUCAUUGUCUAACAAUGAUAAUUUAACAGAAUAUAUUUUACCACCAUCCUCUCGAAGAACUUUGGUUAAUGAAAAUGUAAAUAUAGAUAAUUCAGAUACCAAUUUAGAGUCUGAUACUAAUUCAAAUGUUACAGAUGAUACAUGCAGUAUUACCAGUGAUGAUACAAGUGAAAAAUCAGUUAUAGAAGUUAAAAAAGAAGAAACUGUAUAUGAUGUAGUUGAAGAAAUUUUUGUACCUCAUAGAGCAGAAGUUAAAUUUGCAUGUGAAGAAAGUGAUAAUCAAUCAGAAACUUCUCAGUAUCCUCAAACUGUACAGAAACCAAAUGAAACUAAAGAAAUGGAAACUAACAUUGAAAGUAUAAACAAUAUUAUGACUUCGAGUGAAUCUACUUCUAUAAAAGUCAACCAACAUGGGGUGAAAAAUGAAACAGAUAAAGAUAAUAAUGAAUUGGAUGAAGAGUGUGAAGGGGAACAUUUAGAAGGAGAUUAUAUUAAAACAUUGAAACCAUUGUCUAAAAAUGAUACUACACAACAAAGUAUACAUACAAGAGAAUAUGUAUUACAAACUUUAAUAGGAUCUUUGGAUUCCUUAAAAGUUGAAGAUGAUUUGGAAUCACAACAAACUAUCAAGAAGGAGUUGGAAAACCUCAAGGAUUGGUUAAUCUGUGAAUCUCAUGAAGAAGUUGUUGAAAAAUUAAAAGAACUUUAUUAUCGUGCUAAAAAUGAAGCUCAAAGAAUUCAAGAACUCCAUGAAGAAUUGGUUAUUUUAAAAGAGAAGUAUAGUACACUUGUUGAAGAACAAACAGAGCUCUCUAAAAAAUAUACAACCCUUAAAGCACAAUGUGGUGACUUGUUAAAUACAACUUAUACAGUACCAAUACAUUAUGUAGCACCCAUUGCCAUUAUGUUAAUAUGGAUGCUCUUAGAAAAAAUAUUUUAAUGUUUCUUUUCUUGUUUUUGUAUAUAUCUUUUAUGAUUAAUUAAUAUUGUAUUUCUUUCUUUAUCGCUAGUUUAUUAAAAGCUUUUGAGUAAACAGAACAAAAGAAAUUGAGUGGUGUGUAGUUUCAACAAAAAUUUUUAUAUGAACAAAAUAUUGAGAAUUGCAUAUAUUUUUUCGAUACAGUUGUUGAAACAUCAAUCUCAGAAAAUUCUUCUAAUAAAUUACAGAGAUAAAGUAAAGAUACAUCAUGUUACCAUUUCAAACAAGGAACCAAAAUCAAAUGAACAACACAGAUUUGUAGCAAUAAAUAUGUAAAUAGAACAAAAUUUUAGGCUAGGAGAAAUGUAUUAGAAAAAGUAUAGACAAUACCAGGUAAAAUGUUCAACAUGCUGCCAAUCUCAAUAUCAUAUCUUCUUUAAAUAUGGUAUUAAUCUGUAUUUACAAAUAUCAAGCACUGCACGCCCAAAAACUUAAAUAUAUUAUUACAUAGAUUAUAAAUAACGUUUAUAUGCAAAAAUCAAUUUUUAUAAGAGCUCGUUGAUAUAUCUAAUGUCUUGAUGAAUUUCUUCUAAUAUUUCUCUUAGAAUUAGUAGAUUUAAAUUUAUGCUAAUUGAAAAUUACUCGAUAUUUAUUUUACAAAUUGGAAGUUAUUUGUGCUCAGAGCGUAAAUCGUUAAUCGACUCGACUUUUUUUUCUUUGUUUUUUUAAUUAAUUAUUAUUUUUUUAGUUUCUUUUUUAACGCUACAGAUUCCUACAAAAUCAGAAAAGAUAAAAAAAAUAUAUGCUAAGAUUAAAGAAAUCGGAACUACCAUACUUUCCGAUCCGGUAAUUAUAUUUGUCAAUGAUUUAGUUGUAACUUCGUUGAUUUGAAAAACGGUUUAUUUAAUGUUAAUAUUGAUCAAUUUUAAAUUGCAGAUUUUUUUUUAUAGAUAAAAAUGUACCAAAAAUCCUUGGACAAAACAUAAUUUCAUUUAUAUCUUAUAUAAUUAUGUCUGUAGUGAUUCUUAAGUUGAUCUUCCUUGAUUCGCUUUCAGAGCAUGUCAAGGGAGACCUUAUAGAUUCUAACAUGCUAAGACACUGUAAUUAACGAAGUUUAGAUCUGAUUUACAGUUUAGAAAUCAAACAAUACGAUUUGCAUAAAUAUUGGAUGAUCUUGAUCUUAUGUUUCAGGACAAACAUUUCGAUAGAAAUUUUUUUUCUUUUUAUCAAAUGUACAAGAAAAUAUACAGUAAUCUUUUAUAAGUGAAAAGCUAACCUUAAAAUAAGAAGAGCAUUCACAUUUUUUUGUAUGUAGCUUUUAAAGUAUAAGAAAUAGAAGAAAAAGUAAUGUAGCAUUUAACGUAGUAUUAAACUUUUAUUUAAAAUCUUUUUAUUUAUCUCUUAUAUUUCAAGAGUUAUAAGUGAAUGCCUAUUUGACUUUGAGGUUAGUUUUUACACCUAUAAUGGGUGAUUAGGCAUAAAUAAGAGUACCGUUAUUCUUUUCUUGGAUCAUUCUAUAAAGUUUCAUCCAAAUCAGUAAACAAAAGUCCCUGAUGCUUUUUUUUAAGCUUCAACAUAAUCCUUUCUUUAAGUUACAAGUUUACUCAGAUUUUUACACUUUGAAGAAAAUCUUUUUAUUCAAAAAACUUUUCUGUUGUUUUCAUCAAUAUCUUAUUAUUAAAAAAAUUCUUUCUCAGAUAGGUAUUGAUGAGUAAAUUCUAGAUGUUUAUCCAACUAUAUGUUUUUACACAUUAUUUCUGCUAGAAACGUGAAAAUAUUACCUUGUUUCAUCCAUAUUACAUAUUUUACAAAUUCGAAAUAAUUCAUUUCGUUUCUUUACACGUAUCAUAUGGUAGUUUGAUAUGUUAUAAAUGCAGAACUUCCGCAGUCUGAUAAGAGUGAAAGUUUAGAUUUCACUUAACUAUAUUACAAAUUGAAAUACGCUUCUAUGAUCUUGAUGAAAUUCAAAGUGGAGAUUAUUAGCGUUAACUUUGAGAUAAUCGCUGAAUGAGCACUUGAAUUACGAGUCAGGAAGCAUGAAGAAUUUAAUGUGGGCGUUGACCAGACUUGAAUUCUAUGAAUGGCAGCGCGUUCUAAAUUCAAUUUAAUUUAACCCAUCAAUACUCAAAGGUUAUGAUCCUUUCAAGAUAAUACUUUUUAUUAUAAAUAAAAAUAAAUGCAAAGGUAAUUUACUGUCACGAUGCCGCGUACUGUCUAUUAAUAAAAAUAGGUACAACUAGAGAGCUAACAUUUUCGCUGUCAUUCGUUCAAUAUUGUAGAACCUCGCUAUUACAUUCUCCUGGAAGAGAAUGUUGUAGCGAGAAAGUAUCGUGAAAAGGGCUAAAUAAAAUGUUUUCCUUUUAACACCUGAUUUCAAAAGCUCUACCAUUAACGGGGUGCAAAAAUUUGCGAAUUUGAAAUUUCUAAAUUCUCAAAUUUGAAAGUGAAAAAUUAAAUUCCUACAUUGAAAUUAUGAUAUUUUAAAUAUUAAACCAAAAUGGAAAGAUUUUGUCCAUAAAAAUAUUGCAUACACAUCUUUGAAUAUUAAUGGUGAAAAGCAUACACCGGGUAUGAAUAUUAAAUAAUCGAUUUCUUAAUUGUUGGAAAUAAACUUCAGGAAAUUUUGUCCCAGGAUUAUUGGUGCAACUGUUAAUUGUUUUUAUGUAAAUGAGAAGAACAAUUUGUUGAUAUGCAACCGUUAUCAUUAUUUGGUAGAAAGCUUUUAUAUUUUCUCACUUCAUUGUACGUGUACGUCUAUUUUUCUUUUAUUACCGAUAGCAGUGACAAUAGAGGCAUAUCCCAUUCGAGCGACCUAAUAAACUCGAAAACAAUGCGAAUUCUUCAGUGUGAGAUUAUUCACUAUGGAUUCUCAUUAAAUCGUUGUAUUAUUAACAGAUUCACGUGUGUCAUGGCCUAUAUGUCUGUUUUCUAAAAUAAAAAAGAGGAUACUUCCUAGUUAUACCUUUUCUAUCGAUUGUUUUUUUAUACGAAUACAACUAAAAUUAUAACUGUAUUUUCUUAAUUCACUAAUAGCUUAGUUACAGUGCCAUUACCCGAACUAUUUCUGUCCUUGUUAACCGAUUAGGAUCGAAAAUAUGUACAUUCAAUUUACACCUCUUAGAAAAAGAAACGUUUCGGUUCUCGCUGUCGCUUUGUAAGUGUUACUUUUUCUCUCUUUAUUGAUAUUGUAUUAAGAUCGUGAAGGUUUAUAUAAAUAAUACGAUGAAAUUGUACAUAACAUUGUUGAUAUAAUCUUACUAUUCAUGUAAUAGUCAUUUAUAUUAUAUAUAUAAAACAGAAAAAAAAAAUAAAAAUUAACUUAACUGAAGUUCUUUACUAUCCUUCACCAGUAACCUGUUAUUCGCGAGGACAGUUCUAAUUUGUUGUGAAAUUAAUAUUUGCGUGCAAUUCACAUUUCUUAUUCUUAUAAUUUUACAGCGUAUUUUUUAAUAAAGAUGUUUCUAUUAAAUUAUCACAUUUGCGUUGUGUUCCCGUUGCAUGAAACAUUAUGUUGACCAAAAACAAGUAUGUCCGUUAUAAAACAGUUAUUGUAAUUGUAACAAGUAUCUUAAUCGUGCAAUCCACGUACAAUAUGUAAUUAAACAUCCAAACGAAGCGGUUUAUACUGGAAUAAUUAUAUGUAUACAGUAUUAUGACAGUGCAUAUGUAAAUAAAUUAAUUAACAAAAAAGAUGAAGGUGGUUUAUACAAUUCUAAAAUGCCGGAUAACAUUGAAACAUUGUUUUGUCAUAUUAUGUUUAUUUAUUAUUUUAAAUCUGUCGAAAUACAUGCAUUAAUCCUGAAAAUCAUUGGUGUAAAAUUUUCAAACGAGUAAUAUAUCGCCAAUAGAUCAUUGUUGAUUACAGCAGUCUAUUGUUAUUCGUUCAUGGACUUUCAUGUAUAUUAAAAGCGGUUCUUCAUUAUUCACGGAGACCGCGUUGUAUCGUCCAUGUGUUAUGAAUAACAAUGAGCACGUUAAAUAAAAACUACUUUUUACGAUUUUUUUCAUACCUACAACCCUGUCCAUAGUUAUGUAACAUAUCGAGACUCCUAUUAAAAAUUAUAAGUAAUCAUACCAUCAAUGUUCAUAACAAGCAUUAUUUCAGUUCAAUGUCAAUUAAAGACUUAUUCAUCGAUAUGCAACCCGUGAUCAUCGUCAAAAUGCUAAUAAAUAGAUUUCCUGCUAAUACAAAGUUCCCUUUGUUCAAAUUUAACCGUAACACAAAAGUUAUAUUCAAUCUGCCAAUGUUUCUGCUACAAUGAGCUGUUUCAUAA